CGACGUCAACCCAAGUCGCAUACGGCGAGGCGCACGGACCAGGUCGGGAACGACAGGGAAUGCGUCGCAUCCGCCGGCAACUUCACCACUUUCUUGCUGCCUCUCAGCUCACCACUCUGCCAAUUCCUCUCUCUUCCCUCGACAAUGGCUUCCGGCUUCGGUCUCAAGGGCGGUCCCGGCCGCUGCUAUCCCUUCUGGCAGGAAGUUCUUGGAUGCUACGCGGUAAACUCCGGCGAGGGUGAGACCGGCAAGAAACAGUGCACCCCAGCUCUUGAAGAUUACUACGAGUGCCUCCACCACCGGAAAGAGGCUCUCCGCACGAUGAAGAUGCAAGCCGCCUACCGCAAGGCCGAGGCCGCUCACCCCCGUGAGAAUGAACCCAAAGCCGAGCAGAUCCGCAGCCUGGGUCUGCUUGGAAAGGAGGAAGAGUCUACCGCGGUUCUGAGCCAGCUUGGGCAACAAUGAAAGGC